GUGAAUCUCACGGUCACUAUCACGUGGUCACACGUUUUCCGUUUAGACCGUCCCCAAGAUGUCUAUGUUCGGCAUUGGUGGUGCCCCCAGUGCCGCCGCUCCUCAGGGUAACGUCAAUGCGCAACAAAUGGACAUAGCAGUUGCCGAAUUGGAUAUGAUUACUGAUGUCUUCAAUCGUCUUGUGUCAUCUUGCCACUCCAAAUGCUUGAGCACACGAUAUACAGAGCCGGACUUGAGUAAAGGCGAGAGUGUCUGCAUCGAUCGCUGUGUUGCUAAAUUCUUUGUGAACAAGAAAGUCGGCGAGCGCAUGCAAGCCAUGGGCGCGAAUGCACAAGCCUCUGGCACAUUUGGACAGUAGCCCACCCUCACAUCUGAAUUAAUCUAGUUUUUGCCUUGAGGACCUAGUUCAUGCCCCGCUUCCUGUAAUACGUCCAUCCUGUCUGCUGGGUACACCAUAAAGAUAUCCAUAGAAGUAGAAUAUCAUGGUAAAACAAUCUGAGCUCCCGCAACGUUAUCUUCAUUUUGCUUCCGCGUAAGGACAAAAUUUUAACGUCCUUGUUUGCAACUAUAAUA